GCAUAGACCUGAUCGCAGAUGUUUUCAACCAGGGGACCGCCACCUUUCCUGUGACGUACACUGCGGGUGGGUCGGACACCUUGACAGCUGCAGUGGAGCUGCUACGCUGCGAUGCACCCAAUCUGACCCAGAGCGAGGCUGAUGACCGGGCUGAGACAGCCGACGGCGCAGUGGCGGUGAUGGUAGACGACCCGCUGACCGAGAUCCCCUUCGACUACUGGCUGCAUCCCUGCCAUUGUGCCCCACACCUCUGGGGCCAGAAUGAUCCCGUGACCGCCGAAGCCUUCGGAGAGAUCCCGGCAGGCAGCCGCAAUGUCUUCCGGCCCAGGCCCUUCCCGAUCCUGACAGGCCAGUUCGCCUGUGGCGUCAAGGCAGAGGACCUCUUGCAAGUCAUCGUGGAGUCCGACGUGCAGGCUGCAGACCUCGAGGAGUGCCAAGCCCAGUGUGCCAAGAAGUCUGAGUGCCGGUACUUCUUUGCCGGCGAGGUGCUGUCGGCCAAGCAGUGCAGGCUCUACAGCAGCUGCGAGUUCCUCUACCGGGAGCUGGGGCUCUCCGGCACCCUUUACUCGUAUCCGAAGGACACAGAGGUUUGUGCCAUCGCUAACCCAGAUGCUUGCUGGCACAUCACACGGCGACGCCAGAACCUCGGGGCGUUCAACUCCAGUGUCGAGCUCUAUUUGCCAGACUGCUUAGACCAGGCCCUUUUCGAACAGUGUGACGAGGCGCUGUUCGUGGGGGGUGUCGGCGUUGAGGUGUGCGAGCUUUGCAAGUUUGCGGUGGUGCCAGCGGAAGGCACUCCGCUGAGACGGGCACUGAGCAAGUCCCUGUUUCGGAGCAGCUACGCCCAUGGCACGCUGCUCAAGGCAACUUGUUGGUCAGAGCGCUACAGCUCGCUUCCCAGAACCAACUUCGAGCA